GUGUUUUUCCGACCUUCGGCGAGCACGGCGUGCCUACCGCCGCAGGGAGCACGACGAGUGGGAGGUCCUGGCAGAUGAUCCGAGCUGGCCGGGCGCCGAAGAGGCGGAGCAACUUCGAGUUUUGGGUCAGGUCUGCACUGCAGGUCAUGGCGUGCCAAAUGCAGAGAUUGUGAUCUACCUUGCUUUUCGCGGCACCGUGAGUCAGGAAAAUCUGGCGACAAAUCUGCACGCACAAUUGGUGCCUUCUGCUUUGGGAACAGGCAAUGCGCUAGUCCAUCGUGGAUUCCAGGACGCAUACUUGGCGCUCAGAACCCGUUUCUUGGGAAGGUUGAAUGCGGUUCUGGCAGACUUGCCAGCACUCACUCCGAGCGCUGUGCUGUUACGAGCCACCGGACACAGCUUGGGCGGAGCCUUGGCCAUGCUAGCCUGCCUUGAUCUGGUGACGUGUCGCGGCUUUGCAGCCGAGUGUGUUACCUGGGGGUCUCCACGGGUGGGAGAUGCGAACUUUGCAGCCUUGUAUGCUGCCGCAGUGCCGAGAACAGCCAGAUUUGUGAACAGGUUUGAUGUCGUGCCAAAGCUGCCGGCUAACCAUCAAGAUGAGGAGGCACCUGGUGUUCUUCAGCGCCGGCUGAGCGCUUGGCUGCGUGCUCCGCAAGAGCACAUAGGUGCUGGAGGCUAUGUCCACGUCUGCCCAGCAGUGGAGCUUGACUCCUCCUUGUUGGCCUCGGUCUCGCAUCUUGCCAACGUGGUGCAGACAGCCAGAGCUGCGUUUUCCAAUGUUCGAUCUGCUGCAGCAGAUCAUACAGCAGAUCGCAUGGCUGUGACAAUGGAGGAAAUAAAGAAGUCGGCAGAAGCGAUGUUUCCGCACAGGUUGGAUGCCUACGAACGCAACUUGGAGAUGUUCCUUCGAGACCGGCGCUAG